CGUAAAAGUCUUAUACAUCCGGAGUGAAAGGUUACAGAAAUGGCGUCCUCCACCGAAGCAGACGGCGUGAGUGCUGCUACCACAGGGAAAAAGCCGAAAAAGACUAAAAACCAAGUUGAUGAGUCGGAACUUCUGACGGUGCCCGAAGGAUGGAAGGAGGCCCCUUUCACGAAAGAAGAUAACCCAAGAGGUUUACUGGAGGAGAGCAGUUUCGCCACUCUCUUCCCAAAAUAUAGAGAAGCGUAUUUGAAAGAGUGUUGGCCCCUCGUCCAGAAGUCUCUGGGUGAUUUACAUAUCAAUGCAACCCUCGACUUGAUCGAGGGCAGCAUAACUGUCAAGACCACCAAAAGAACCUUUGACCCAUACUCAAUUUUACGAGCAAGAGACCUGAUUAAGUUGUUGGCCAGAAGUGUACCAUUUGAACAGGCUGUGCGGAUUCUGGAGGAUGACGUGGCAUGUGACAUCAUUAAAAUCGGUACUUUAGUGAGAAACAGAGAACGCUUUGUGAAAAGAAGGCAAAGGCUCAUAGGCCCUAAAGGGUCUACACUAAAGGCCCUGGAGCUUCUGACAAACUGCUACGUCAUGGUGCAGGGUAACACGGUGUCAGCCCUGGGACCUUACAGAGGCCUUAAGGAAGUCAGGAAAGUGGUCCUGGACACAAUGAAGAAUAUUCACCCAAUUUACAACAUCAAGACGCUGAUGAUCAAGCAAGAGCUGGCGAAGGACGCGGAGCUGCGGACGCAGAGCUGGGAGCGCUUCCUGCCCAACUUCAAACGCAGGAACCUGACCAAACGCAGGGAGCCCAAGAAGAAGACCGCGAAGAAGGAGUACACGCCAUUCCCACCUCAGCAGCCGGAGAGCCAGGUUGACAAAGAAUUGGCAACUGGAGAGUUCUUCCUCAGAGAAAGCCAAAAGAAGAGGAAGAAGUUGGAGGAGAUCAAGGUGAAGCAGGCUGAAGCUCUGACAAAGAGACAGGAAGAGAGGAACAAGGCCUUUAUUCCCCCGAAAGAGAAGCCCAUGAAGAAAGCCAAAAAAGCGCCCACUGAAGGGAAGAUCGAUGUGGAGGCCAUCAAAGAGAAAGUAAAGAAAGCGAAGAAUAAGAAACUGGGGGCUCCUCCAGUUAACCCCGAAUCUCAGACUGCUGCUGCCGGUGGCAAGAAAAGGAACAAAAAGAACAAAGGGUGACCGGAUUUCCCUGUAUAAACGGACACGGUGGUGUGGGGACUGCUAAGUUUCAGGACUGAGCUUGUUUUUUAUACGGAAUGCUGUACAAUACACAUGUUUUUAUUGAUCUGAGACUGUGUUUUCAGUGCUGAACGGGACCGAGGUGGCCCCUGGCAAAACCCUGCCCACGUAGCUGCGCACACGAGCAAUUAAGUGUAGUAAAUUCUGCCAAAUUUGUCACUGGAAUGGAGUGGUUUGGUAUUGCUUUUCCAUUUGCUCUGGAUGAUGUGUGACUGAGACUCCAGGAAGUAGAUGACCCUGGCAUGGAUGAUUUGAUCUGUGCUUAGUGUGUCCAGCCAGUAAUUUUCACUGAUUUUUGAUCUUUGGGGAGAUCUGCUGCUGGUGGUGGAAUGGUUUUGUUAUUUUUUUUGGUCGUUCAAAUACAGGUGGACAGUUGGUUUUUAGUAACCAUACGAGAAACAUGAUUAAACUCUUUUUGAAUUUGACAGUGAUGUAGUUUCACUAACGGUGGCUUUUAGAUCAGUGUUUCUCAACCCUCUGCAGAAGCCUGACAACGACCCGUUCAUUUGAAUCAGGUGUGUUGGAGCAGGGAGACAUCUAAGACAUGCAGGGCAGUGGGUCCCCAGGACCAGGGUUGAGAAACACUGUUUUGGAUUGUCAUGCACAUAGCUGAGCGUGCUGUGAGCCGCUGUGCUGUUUCUGAGGGCUGUUUGGCACAUUCCUCCCUUGCACAGUUUCUGCUGUGCCCACUGAAGCUGCCCUGAUUCGGGCCUGUAGCCUUGCAGAAGAGUUAAUUUGAACAAAAACGCGACAGGAAGUGGUUUUCUUGUGUGGCAGCUGUGGCGCUUGCAUGUUCUUCGCGCAAACGGAAUGGCCGCCGAGCUGAGCGCAGCACGUCAGAGCCGGCGAUAAACGAAUAAAAAAUGAGGACGGAAUAUAAUACAUAAUGCAUUUUAUUAACCGUGUACUUUUUCGAAGCGGAGCAGCGUCAAACCCCACUUCAUAGUUGGCAAGCGUAAAAAAAAAAAAAACAUUCUGAAUCGUAGAACGUUGCAGACC